AUGGUUGUUGGUGUCGGCAUUGAGGGCCAGGAAGUCGGGUACCUGGUGGCGGCGGGAAUCAUGUGUCUCCUGGCUCUGAUCUUCGCCACGAUAACACUAACAACAGUCAAACAACGGACAGCAUUCCAGCAGGAGAAGACAGAUGAGCCGUUGAGAAGCAGUCUGAUGCGAGUGAUGACACAUAGACCCUCCGUCUGUGCAUUUCUUCUGUCCUUGUGCUUCUUCACGAUCAGUCACACUAUUCAACAGAGUCUGGCGCUCUAUGUGCAGUUUUCCCUGGGACUUGCAAGUCAGGUGCAGAACUGUCUGCUAGUUCUUGUGGGCUCCUGUGUGAUAGGCAUUCCUGUUGUAACGGCGCUGAUGUCCAAGUUUGGCAAGACUCCUGUAUCAGUCGGCAACAUCCUGAUCUUGAUACCCAUUGUGUUAGGACUUCUGUUCGUGCCCGGAAAUCUUGUUUCUGCUCUACUACUGCUCGCGGUAUUUGGAAUGGCAUAUUCUCUGCUGUUCACUGUGCCAUGGAUGAUGCUAUCUGAUGUGUCAGACCUCCUGAAGCUUCAGACGGGCAGAAGUUAUGACACUGUGCUGCACGGUGUCAUCAGCACCGCCCAGCGGAUAACGGGGGCCAUUGCAUUUGGCGCCAAUUCAGUUGCCCUGGAAAUCGGCGGCUACGAGAGCGGCGGCUGUGACCAGCCAGAGUCAGUAGGCAGGGCUAUCCGCUGGAACGUGACCAUGGUGCCGAUGUUGUGCCUUGUGUUGAGUCUGGCGGUUCUGUGGCAGUAUCCAGUCACGGAGGAGAUGAGACAGAGAACUAAGGAAGCUCUGAAACAUAUAAGGAAAACUGGUGAAGAAGGACUACGACAAAAGGAGAAGACGAAAAGUGACGACAUCACAUCAGAUAAAGUUAUUGGAAAGGUGCGGGGAAAGCAAAGUGGAGACGGAAUGGAGAAUUUCGGCUUCUCGGCCUAAACAUAAUCUUACACCAAAUCAGAAGUUCUCCAGCUGAUGCAGUUUACGUCUAGGCUAAAAGAGGUCGCUUUUGAGCAACAUAGUCCCACGUCCAAUUAGUCCUUCACUAUCAUACCGUAGAAAAACACACACAGUACAUGUAUAUCUAUGAAUUGAUUUUUUUUUAAGGCAAAAACUUUAGUUGCUAUCAUUUUCUUUUUGUAGAAAAGAUCAUCAAACCUAUUCUUCUAGUUUCAGCCCACCUCUGCUCCAAUAGUGUACAUUGCAGGUAGAAAACAAAAGAACAACCCACCUAAUGACUAUGGAAUAGUCACCGGUCAAAGCGCUUGGUCAGGCUUAUCCCGUUUUCAAUAAGUUUAGUCAUAGCUUCCGGUGAGGAACAAUGAGCCGGUGGGCAAGUUGAAGUUUACAAGUUGUGGGCGCGGCGAAAUGUUAUACAAAAUUCCAAUGACUACUACGCAGAAUACUUCUGCGUUAGUUUUGCAAACAUUUUAAAAGUUAGUUAUUACAUUAUGGUGAUUUUGAGUGACAGUUUAACGAUUAAUAUUCCAAAGUUCACUUGACAUUCGCUUGACAUGUCUAAGCACUGUAUGUAACCGAACAUACGUGAUAUAUGCCACGUCGUAUCCGAUAUGCUACAUGUGCCUUCUGAAAUAUGUUACGUUGUCAGACUAUAUCUUUAAGUUGAUAUUUAAGAGUUUUUAAAGUAUUAUUAUUCUCUAAGAAUAAGUAAGAUAGACGAACAAAUUGUCUUGGACAUUUUUCGUUUGACGAGUGGAAAACGCCAUAAACAUUAUACUCUACGUAAUGGCAAUAGACGCAUAUGCAUAGUAAAAGACAGCCGCACUGGGCUACUGGACUGGAUUCUAAGAAGGAAUAAAACUUGAUCUUUGAUUUUUUACGUCACUCAAUUGGUCCACUUUCACUCUUACUUUGUCUUCGCAGAAGUUCCCACCGCACCUCACCACACCUAUUUGUUUUUCAUUACCUUUUCACAAACAUCCGUUACAUGUAUUAACGUUAACUUAACCGUCAUGGUGGCCAGAGAACUUGGUCAACAGAAAUGUACUUUGUGGCCCCAAAACUAUUUGCUAAAGCCCAAGAGCAAUACGA